UUCUCCCCCGGCCUUUUGUGAGCUCAGCUCCGCCCACAGACGGCCCUCCUGUCCUGCCUCUCUGCCCUUCAGGUCACGGUGGGCCGCGGUCGGGAAAAGGAAGCGCGGCCGGCCCUGAGCACUUAGCGAAGCGGCCGGACCAUGAUGGGGGCCGCUCGUCGGCACGUGGUGUGCGCCAUGUCGGGCGGGGUGGACAGCGCCGUGGCGGCUCUGCUGCUGAGGCGAAGAGGAUAUGAUGUGACUGGGGUGUUCAUGAACAACUGGGAUUUGGUGGAUGAAAAGGGAAUUUGUCAAGGCAAUCAAGAUUGUGAAGAUGCUUAUAAAGUGUGUCAGAUACUCAAUAUUCCAUUUCGCCAAGUUUCCUAUGUUAAAGAAUAUUGGAAUGAAGUGUUUAGCUACCUUUUAAAUGAAUAUGAAGUUGGACGGACACCUAAUCCUGAUAUUAUAUGUAAUAAAAACAUCAAAUUCAAUUAUUUCCUACACUAUGCUAUGAAUAACAUUGGAGCUGAUGCAAUAGCAACUGGACACUAUGCAAGGACCUCCUUGGAAGAUAAUGAAGUUUUUCAACAAAAGUACAAACAAAAAUCAUCAGGACUUUUCAGAAAUAGAUUUGAAAUAAGAAACACUGUCAGACUUCUUCAGGGAGCUGAUCACAAUAAAGACCAAACGUUCUUCCUCAGCCAGAUUCCUCAAGAAGCUUUGCAGAAAACCAUUUUUCCUCUUGGAGACUUAACAAAAGACUUUGUGAAGAAGAUAGCUGCAGAACAUCAACUUUACCAUGUGUUGAAAAAAAAAGAGAGCAUGGGCCUCUGUUUUGUUGGCAAAAGGGAUUUUUCAGAGUUCCUUCUUGAGUAUCUGCAACCACGUCCUGGAAACUUUGUCUCCAUUGAAGAUGGCAAAGUUCUUGGAACACAUAAAGGUUGCUUCUUAUAUACGUUUGGCCAGAAAGCCAAGCUAAGAAACUCCAGUCAUGCAUGGUUUGUUGUAGAUAAAAACAUCUCCUCUGGGGAAGUUUUUGUGGCACCCAGCAGGGAUCACCCUGCGCUUUAUAGAGAUCUUUUACGGACAAACAGAGUGCACUGGAUUGCUGAGGAACCACCUGCCGAACUCAUUCGGAACAAAAUGAUGGAGUGUAAUUUCCGCUUCCAACACUUGAUGGCGCUAGUACCUUGUACAUUAACCCUAAAUCAAGAUGGAUCAGUAUGGCUGACUCUGGCUAAGCCGAUAAGGGACCUUACAGCAGGGCAGUUUGCUGUUUUCUACAAGGGAGAGGACUGCCUGGGCAGCGGCAUGAUUCUGCGACUGGGGCCUUCCGUCUUUACUUUGCAACAAGGCAAGAAUAGGGAGGCUGCGGGUGUGAACAUUCCAGCUGACGAGGUCACUGUACAGCCAACCAAAUGACUUCUUGCUUUUUUUAAAAUCAAGCAGAGAUUUUUUAAAAAAACUAGUUAGUUAAAAGCCUUGGAAUCAUCAUCGGAUACACGAAUGCCCACCUGGAUAUGUUUGGAAUUUAUCUGAAAAAAA